AUGAGACGGCGGUAGUAGUGUUUACAGUAAUAUAACAGAGCGCUCUGGAAACAGGGAGACUAUGAGAAAACGCAACUGCUCCAUUAAUCCACAUGGUUCCUGCUGCGCAGCUCACAGCCAGGUUCACUUGAGGGACUUAACUUGCUGCUGCUGCCCCAAGCAGCGUCUUUCCAUUCUCGCAGGGAGAGUUUUCAGCCGCACAGGCAGUUGAAGUUUGAUUUUAAGGAGAGCGACUAACUGAAGUGAGAGAAAGUUCUUCCGUUUGCCGUGUAAAGAAAGUGUGCGGGGCAGGAUGGUUCAGCACAUGACAGAGAGCGCAGUGGCGCACUCCCCAGCUGGAGACUCCACAGACACGGACUUGGACAUGGAUCUGUCUCCGACCCCUGAGUCUCCAUCCUUCGGAGAGCGCAGUGACCUGGCGUGGUGCAAGACGCCGUCGGGUCACAUCAAGAGACCCAUGAACGCGUUCAUGGUGUGGUCGCAGAUCGAGCGCAGGAAGAUCAUGGAGCAGAGUCCGGACAUGCAUAACGCAGAGAUCUCCAAGCGUCUGGGGAAACGCUGGAAGCUGCUGAAAGACACAGACAAGAUCCCUUUCAUCCGGGAGGCGGAGCGGCUCAGACUGAAGCACAUGGCCGACUAUCCGGACUACAAGUACCGGCCGAGGAAGAAGGUCAAGUCGAGCAGCGGCGCCGGCAAGCAGGCGGAGCGCGGCGCGGAGCGCAAAGGUGGAGUGAAGAGAAGCCCCGCGUCUAAGGGGGCGAGCCGGGCGCACAAGCAGACCGGCGCGAAGUCUGACUCCACGGGUGAUCAUCAGGCGCUCUUCAAAUCUAGGUCAGUGUCUGGAGCCAGACUCAUUCCUGAGAAGCGCGCUGGGGAGACAAGGCGCGGCCACAUGCUCGGUGGAGCAGACAGUCUGGAGAGCGGACCUCCCUCCGUGGGAGUCCCGGGGAGCCCAACGCUCAGCAGCUCCCCGGAUUCCGGCGACCCACUCAGCCUGUACGAGGACCAGACGUCUGCGGCCACGGCUCGCCUCAGGUACACCCGCGCUUCCUCUCCGACCCCGUCCGCCUCCCACUCCUCCUCGUCCGUGUCAUCGUCAUCAUCGGAUGAAGAGUUUGAGGACGAGCGGCUCGAGCCGAACCCGAGCCCGAGCUACGAGAGCAUGUCUCUAGGUGGGAUGGGCUUCUCCGACACGGAGCUGGACCGCGACUUGGACUGGAACUUCGGCGAGUGCGGGGUGGGAUCGCACUUUGACUUUCCAGACUACUGCACCCCGGAGGUCAGCGAGAUGAUCUCAGGGGACUGGCUGGAGUCCACCAUCUCCAACUUGGUCUUCACAUACUGAACGGACCCAAGGGGUGGGCGCCGAGUGAGACUUUCCCCCUCCCUCGCGUUUUCGGACUGUUUAUCCCCCCCGAGACGGGCGCGUGUGCUCCCCGACCACAUGUUUCACCAGGAAGAGUGAGAACAGAACCUGUGAGCGCGGCGGGCGCGCGCCGCCCAUCCACUUGGACAGCGCGCGGGGCGCAGGGCAGGCGCGCGCGGACGGAGAAAAUGCUUAGUUUGCAUUUAGACAGAGGAGGAGUGAAUGUAAACAGAGAGCCGUGACACACAAAGACUGAAAGUUUGAAUCAGUUCUGGCGCGGGAAAAGAGACGCUUCUCUAUACGUCGGUUUAACCUCUUACCCUCGACCAUCGAUCUGAUUCAGGUGUAGUUUUAUUGUCUCAAAACGAUUAAGUUCGAUAUCAAUGCGCAUGCUCUCCGGGAUGUGGAGGAUGUUGUUGUUGUCAAUGCGUAAAAUGUUUAUUGCUGCGUAAUGACGCACUCGGUGUGACCAUCGGACACAAUUCACGAUCACCAGCUUCUCUUUUAACGGCAGGACAUGAAUAAAGACUGAUUUAAAACCUUCAGAAACACCUUUUCUGAAGCGAUGUAAACACUCAGUGCACAAUUCAGGACCAAUGUUCCCUGACGCGCAUCCUUUUAUCCGUCUAGUGCUUCAACUUUGUAGUUCCUGUGUGUCAGAUUUUUAUAUUGAUGUAUUUAUACCGGCCAAACUUUUUGAUACAUAGAUGUUCUCGUACAGGUUUUGUUUGAGUUCGUGCACAUACACCUGUCUGUAUCCGGCGCGGAAGGGCUAGAAGUGUAUCUUAUUUAAAAACAAUGUCCGACUUCUCUCACUUUUGAGAUUUGAGUGUGUCAUGAUUUUUUUACUUGUAUUUUUGUACAAAAUCUAUAGGAAGGGGCGUUUGAGGUGAGCCUACAACGUUGAUGUUUGUAUUGAUAUUAGUGUUUGGAUGUGCAUAAAGGGGUUUGUUUGGCACAAUCUGACCUCACAGAGUGUUUACAGUAUUUACCCACAUGCUUCUUAACGGCACAGUGACUCCAGUUUCACCAGCCAAUGAAACAAAAGGCUCCCAGUCCGAGCAGUGACUGUGUUCCUUCAGUACUCAUAGACCUACAGACCCCCAGAAAGUCACUGUUUGGAUAGAGCUAAUACCUCCAUGUGCUUCUUUUUUAAUCAAAAUAAGUUUUAUUUAAACCACUGGAUGGAAUAACACUCUCAUUCCACUUUGCCUAGACUUUGGAGGGAGGAAUACGUACGAAGUGCUUCAUCAGUUCUUUUGCGCAAAUUGCAUCAAAAAUAGUAUUUAACCUUUUCUGUACCUGUUGACUAGCAGGCUAAUCGUUUUCCUAUAUUAUGGCAUGGCAAAUAGCAUUUGUAUUUCAGAUUCAGGUAUUAUGUAGCUAUAGCUGUGGUGUUUAAGAUUUUUAAAAGAAAAUGAAGAUAUUUAUGUCCAGAAAUGUUUGUGCGUUUUUUUUUUUUGUUUUUUUUUUUUAUGUAGGAUGAUGAUCAACGACAGGCACUAGGACAGCCAUCUUUGGACAUCCUGAUGUUGAAGAUGAUUGUGGUUGAGAAGUUUUUACUUUGAGACAUAUUUUGUCCAUUUUUUUGUUCCUUUUCUUUUCAUUUGUGCAAUAUCUUUUUGAACCAUGCCAAUAUCAUUUGAUGUUUCAGACUUCUAAACCAGCCAAUGUUUGGGUCAAUCACUGCCUCUCAGACCUCUGUACCCUUUUUGUUAUUAUUAUUUUCAUUUCCUUUUUUCCCAAAAGGAGGAAAUAAAAUCAGCUGGAACUGAA